GGCUUGAGAUGCAGCUAAAGUGGUGGCCGAAGAGGACAAGGCCACGAUAUAAGUCUUCACACAUCCAAUCUAUGGAAACACUUUUUUUUUUUGAAGAUAGAUGUUGUGAAGGGUAGAAGAUCCAAGUGUCGUUCCAGUUUCUCUUUUAACUAUAUUCCUCCUCUCUCUCUCUCUCCUCCUAACCUACUACUUCCCUCUCUAUACCUUUCUUAUUCCGCUAAACUCGACUAACGUGAAAGGCAAGCUGGUACUUGCUUGGAUCCUAUCAUUCAUUCGACGGGAAGAAAAAUAAUAUUAAUUUUGACGAAUUUCGAAUACACCCUUACCAUUCCGCUCUGGUCGGUCUUAUCCCCACUUGCGGAUUAUUAUUCACCGGGCACGAGGACUUGAGAGCGUUGAGCGUUUUUGGGCAAUUACUGGCUUCGAGGCGCAAUCUCUGGAAAGAUCCUAGCAAUUAUCGACCUAGACCUAGAACUGGGGUCCCUGGUUCCCCUUGUCUCCUCCCGCUUUCGCUCGGCUUGCGACUAGCAUAUCCCCCCCCACUACCAUCUCGACGCAGGUACCUUACCUCGAACAUAAGAUACAAAUGUCAAGUCUACCCCCCAACCCCCAGGGAGACCUAAUGAGAGCAUCAACCGUCAACAUGGCCGUCGCACAACCGACCAAGACGAAGGCUGCUUCUAAGCAAACCAACAAUGCCAACACUAAAGCUAAGACACAGAUGCACCGCCGUUCCAGAACAGGUUGCUAUACCUGCAGAUUACGACGAAAGAAGUGCGAUGAGGGCACUCCCAUGUGCACGGCAUGCAAGCACCUCGGUCUUGUAUGCGAAUAUAAGAGACCAAUGUGGUGGAGCAACAACGAUGCGAGACGACAACACAAGGACGACAUCAAGAUGAUUAUCAAGAGGAAGAAGCUCUCCGAGAAGGCGUCGCACACCAUCCAGACUACGGUUAGCUCGCCGCCCGGCCUGUCUCACUCUCUCCCUACCUCCGCAACCUUCUCGGACCCCCUAGACCGAACAAGGUCCGCAUCGAUCGAUUCGCAAUUCGCCUUCAACUUCAACAGCCCACCCAAUGUUAACGAUUAUGGGACUUACAACCCGCACAUGCUCCCAUCACACGCCGACUUCAUGUUUAACAUGUCUCCUUACGAGAUUGAUGUUAAGACCGAGCGACAAAUGUUUGUCAACGAUGUCCCAACACUACGAGAAUCUACAGUUUCAACCUUCAGCACUUACCACACUCCGCCUCCACCGGGAACAGUCCUCCCGUCUUAUUCCUCGGAUGGAGAGUGGUCCGAACAGGUCUUCCAGGAGCGCCGCGAGUCCCUAGCAGAGGAAACCUUGAACUACAACUUCUUCGACUUCGCCCACGGCCUUCCUUCAGACACAAGGCAAGUGGACAUCGAACUAGACGACAAUGACCAACGACUACUGGAUCACUUCAUUCAAUUCGUGCUACCAACUAUCUUCCCUAUCUUGGAAACUAACCAACAUGGGUCUGUCGGCUCUGACCUCAUCCUACCUAACCUACAGAGCAACAAAGGCUACCUUCACUGCUGCCUCAUGAUCGCGGCGCAACACUACAAGGCCACGAUGAACGUCCAGGGCGAGGAAAUCGACAAUGACAUCAUGCGACACCGACACGCUACCAUUGUUGCACUAUGCGAUGCGCUAAACAAGGAUGAAGACCACCACCAGAUCCUUGAGGCGACUCUUGGUCUCAUCUUUUUCCAGUGCUGCGUUGGCCGAUACGAUGACUCAUUGCCUGACAUCCCAUGGCACCAACACUUCCAGGCGGUGAACUCUCUAGUCAACAAACUGGAUCUGCCUCGACUAGUUUCUGAAUCAACCGAGCAGUUGACUCAGACACCUUUCAACAUGACACUAACCGCGUGGAUCGAUAUCUUGGGCGCAACCAUGCAGGGGCGUGCCCCGACCUUUGCGCACACCUAUCGCGAGAAGCACUUGUCGACAACUAACCCUUCCCUUGGGCUCCGCGAGCUCAUGGGUUGCGACGACCACGUCAUGUAUCUCAUUUCGGAAAUUGCCUGCCUCGAGGCACUCAAGAAGGAGGGAAUGGACGACAUUACUCUAUGCACACACGUUCAUGCGCUAGGUGACCAAAUUGGGUUGACGGAGGCCAACGACUGCGGGCCUAAGAUGCCAUUUAACGCCAAUGGCUCUCUUAGCCCGAAACAACUCAGCAAGAACAUCACCAGCGCUUUCCGAUUGGCCGCCCGCAUUUACCUCUGCAGCUUGGUUCCUGGUUUCUCACCCAGUCAAACCAGCUGCGUUGGCCUCGUCGAGAAACUAACCAAUGUUCUACAAUUUAUUCCAUCUGGCCCUGGUGGCUUCGACCGAAGCCUGUCUUGGGUCUACCUGAUUGGCGGAUCCGUUAGUGGAAUGAACUCCAGCUUCCGACAAUUCUUCAACGACCGCAUCGCGCAGCUCGGUGACUCCGCCAACUAUGGCAGCUUCGGCGGCGUCGUCUCGCUGCUGAACGAAGUCUGGCACCAGGCCGACAACAGCCAGCCGAGUCCUAGUGCCAACGGGACCCCGGAAGCGCCCUACAUCUCCUGGAGAGAUAUCAUGCAGAUGAGGGGAUUCGACUACCUCCUGAUCUAAGUUGAUCAUUCACCUCACAGCUGGUCUUGGGGGAGGUAUCCCUCUCCUCAUCUGCGGGUGGCUUCCUGGAGCGAUUCAGGAAAUUGCUAUCCCGUUUGCACUUCGACUACGGCUGACUGCACACUAUUUUUUUAUUUUACUAUUUUACUACGAUAAUACCCAUUAGAGACAGGUAGCCGCAAGGCAACCGGAACGACACUUGGAAUUGGCAGGAUAUCGGGGAUUGGAUCAAUGAUGACGACGGGUAGUCGGGGAGGACUACCACAACUGGGAGGUAAUGAACCUGCUAUGGCUUUACGAUGCGACGACAAUUUCCUAUUUUCUACUUUUUAGUCGAUAUCAUCGUCGAGUUACUUAUAUAUACCAUGCAUGCAUUGGUAGGAAAGGCAAAGGAGUUUUUGGGCAAUUUUAGCAUUGGUGUAUAUUUGGAUAAAGGCCUAGCAUCUUACUUGCCCCUGAAAGGCAAAGAAAUCUUAAGGGACAGGUUCAUUAGGAGGCACCGAUUUGAUUGCCCCCACCUCUCGAAGCUCUUAGGGACAAAAAACCCUAAGGGUCGAAGAAGUAUCUAUUAUUGUAAUAUAAUAACACAAACACAAAUCUCAAAUAAAAUACAAAAAGUUCAGAUAUUAUAAAA